AUGGCAGAUGAACAUCAGGAAGGAAUGUUAGCAACAUCCACAGUGUUCCAUCCGGGAACCUUCACCAUGGAAACCCUUGUGCUCACGGGCCUGGUCUCAAGACGUAGUCAGCUGUUGGGGAUCAGAGGCCGCACUCGUCGUAGCAGAGAGGCAGGACCAGCUGGGAGAGGGUCCUUCUGUGACACCGACAGCAUCACCGGGCUGUGGGAAGUGACUCAGCUGCCAGAACUCACACAAUGUCAUUCUGCACCAAAACCUCAAGGGAAAAAUGCUCCACGACCCUCAGACUUAAACAGCAGCACUGGCUCCUCCCCAGAUCUCCAGCUCCCUGACCCUCAAACUCCAACUCCAGCACCAGCUCCGCCCGGGUCUCCAGCUCCACCAUCCUCAAACUACAACAACAGCACCAUCUCCCACGUGGAUCUCCAGCUCAAUGACUCUCAGACUUGGGAGGCAGCACCGGCUCCCCACCAAGGCUCUAGCGCCACAACACUCAAACUAGAACAGCAGCACCGGCUACUCCCUGGGUCUCCAGCUCCCUCAAACUUCAACGAUAGCACUGGCUCUUCCCCGGGACCACCAGCUCCACAACCCUCAACUUACACGGCGGUAGCACCAGCUCCUCCCUAGGUCUCCAGCUCCACGACCAUCAAACUUGAACUGCAACACCAGCUCCUCUUCGGC